AUGUUCUAUAAUCUGCCUCAAGACUUUGAGGCUACAUAUCCUCCAAUCCCCUUGCACUGGCCCUCAAUGUCUGGAUUCUCAAAACAGAUGAAAACUGAACUUGACGCUGCUGGUUUCCUCAUCCACUAUUGGAAUGUGCACCGGUGCAAUCUUUUGGUCAUGUACAGAUCGGGUUGCGACAAAAUAUUGUGUCAAUAUAGACGCUUUUGUGUUGGAGAGACUUGUCGUACCAUUCGACAAAGAGUCGCUGAGCACAAAAGCGCCUGCAACGGCUGUUGGGCUCACAAUUUGGAGCUGACUGAGUACAGGCCCGAAACGGGGCACGAGAUUGAAUGGUCUCAAACUUGUUGUUUUGCUAAUUAUCGCAUGCCUGCGGCUAAACAUCCCGCUGAGGGUAUUGACAAGACCGAUGCGAGGUCAAAACUGCCGUCCACUGGUGCCUGGAUGAGAUCAAGUUUUGUGAAAGCAGGGCUGCGUGAAAUUCAAUGGAAACGUCAAUUCUACUCAUAUCAUUGUGGGUAA